AUUGGAAGUGGUAACAAACUCUUGAGAUGGAUUUUUGAAAUCUUUAGACCUCUGACCAGACUUGCAGUGAUGACACAGAGGGAACAAUAAAACCACUUGAGAGACAUUUAAUGGGACACUUGAAAUGAAAUGCCCGGGCUUGGUAAUGGCAGCUGAGCGUGUUCUUGCCAUUUCCCCAUUUAACAAGAAGAAAAGGCCAAACAAGGAGCAAUUAGUCAGAAUAAAAUCAGCUUUGAUGACAUUUUCCCUCCUGAACUCUGGUAUAAAAUGGUCACCUGAGGAGGAACUGAAAGGAUGUGUGAGGAAUUUGGAUGUAGAGCUGCAUGUUCAUGCACACAGUGCUGGGUGAAAAAUGAGCAGGUUAAACUUGGUUCUCAUCCUGUGGAUCUCCAUGACAUUGCUGUGCUCGGGUUUCCCAGCUGGCCCUUCCAUGAGCUCCAAGCCUUUCUAUGUGACCUGCCAGCUGUUGGGGAGGUGGGAUUCGUGCCUGGUGCUGCUGAGCCUGGCCCAGCUGGGCAGGGAUGAGCAGCUGCUCCUUGGGCAGCCCCUCCACAGAAGAUCCUUCCGCAACGGCGUCGGGAUGGGCAUUAAAAAAACUUCCACACGAAGGGCAAAGUCCUGAGAAAAUGCACCAAAACCCGGCCCAGGCUUUGACAGCUGAAAUUCCAACCCUUGCCUCGAGUUCCUUUUGAUGUUUUUUUUCUCUGACAAAGCCACCCCCAGAUGUUGAUUUCCGAGAUGGGAGCGCUCGGGAAGGGUUUUGUUCCCAAAGUUGCAGCAGCAUAAAGUUGUGUCUUGAAAUGAAUGUUUUUCAUUUGCUUGA